GAAGAGUCUAGAAGACGUAUGAUACUUAUGAAAAGAAUGCGUCGCAUCCGCUUUCAUUCCUUGUCGCCGCGCCGGUGACAAAUCUCUUAUCCACUUGAUGGCGACCCGAUAUUCGCUACGAUACGUAUGAAAAUGCGCUAUGGUUGUCCGCGUAUCUACGCAGACUUUGCAUACCGAAGCAAAUAUUUUCAAGUCGAUUAAUGGAGAAUUUUGCGAUGGCGAGGAAAGGUUUACGACUAUCAUUGAGUUUAGUAGAUAUCCGGAUAUUUCUCUGGAACCAAAAUUUAAAUUCAUGAGCGAGUGUGAACUAAAAAUCGAAAUUCCUGAUCCCGAAUACGAACCGCCAUGUACUUUAAAAAAAAAUGGCCACUUUAUUGACAUGAGAUCACUAAAAAAUAUAGAAACAAUUGUAGAACAUCCUGAACCGAAAAUGAAAUUUAGCUUAAAUGUGUGCAAAAAAUCUCCUAAAUGUGAUCCAGACGUAUCAAUAUGUCAGUUGCUGGAUGAUGGCCGGUCAACUGCAAUAUCAGAUGUUAGUAGCCAACGUUUACUCCUCAAGGAGGGAAGUCUCUUAAUCCAAGGCCAUACCAAUGAAUAUAGGCGGUUCAGGCUAGAAUUUAGACUUAAUCUUAAAUGCAAUUGGAAAGCGACUGGAUUAACGAAUUUAGUUUACGUAAAACCUCAGCAAAAAGGGAAACGUUAUAGUUUCAGUGCAGAGUCAUCAGUUGCCUGUGUUAAGUUACCAAUCAACUGCUUGAUACGAGAUCCAGCUAAUGAUAAUUUUUUGUACGAUUUGAGGCGAUUAUAUCGAGGUGGUAAUGGAUGGAACGUCAAAAAUGUUACUGGUGGCAGAAUAGACAUCAGUAUGUGUGGUCCUUUACGGUUUUCAGACUCUACAACUGAGUGCGCAAAGCAACAUUCUCAAGUGUGUCUUAUGAAAGGUGGAGCAAUUAAUUUGGGUAGCAUUCAGAAAAAUAUUCAAGUCACUGCUCAUGAUACGGUUAUUACAAGUUUUACUGAUGGCAGUGCAUGUUUCGUAAAUGGUACUGAAAGGAGCUACAGCACUGAAAUUGAGUUUAUAUGUAAAAUUCAGGAAGAUGGUCCUAUAGUGCAUGAUAUAAUUGAUGAAUGUGUCUAUAAAAUAAAGUGGUAUACUCCAAUUGCUUGCGCCAAAAAUCUACCAAUAGGGGAUGAUUGUAGAGUAACUGACAUGACCGGACCAAUCAAUUUGAACCCAAUGCGCCAGUAUCAGGAUAGGACCCACACUUUGUCCCCAAAUUCAUUUUUACGUUUUAAUUUAUGCGGCCCGCUAAAUAAACGUUGUAACAAUCAUACAGCAGCCGUUUGUUUGGUGAAUGGCAACACGGAGCAUGUCUUAGGAAGAACAAAUCUAACACUGGUUAAGAAUAAUGAAAUAAUAUCGACCAUUAUGAAGGGUGAUAAAUGCUCUGGAAAAAUGUCGGAAUUAAAAAUUAACUUUAGAUGUAAUCAGUUUGCAACCCCUGGUGGGCAAGUGCAAGUCAAAAUUAUUAGAGAUUUCUGUGACUAUGAGAUCACUGUAAACACUCCAACUGCCUGCUCACCUAUGUCUUUCUUCGAUUGUAAGUUGUAUAACGGAAACUGGUUGUAUGAUCUUUCGCCUUUAAUGCGACAUGAUGCCAAUUAUGAAAUCAAACAAGCAGGUUUGCUAUACAGUUUAAAUUUAUGCAGGUCUGUUGUUAGAACGAAUAAUGCGCAAUGUACCGCAUAUGCAGGUAUUUGUAUGAAAAAUUUGACUGAAAUGCACGAGAAAAAGAGCUACAUCUCAUUGGGCAUGAUUAAUAGUGAUAUUGACCUCAAACUAGACGGCGCUGAUGUGGUAGUUGAAUAUAAACAUGGCACUUUGUGCCCUGACGAUUUUUCUGAUAGAUCAUCUCUAAUUCGAUUUAAAUGUUCUACUCUUGAAGAAGGUCCAAAGCUUCUACGCAAGACAGCCUGUAACCAUGAAUUUGUGUGGAGAACGCCUGAAGCGUGUGGUAAGAAUCGAACUAAUCCAAAGAUGAGGUCUCCACCUGCGUGCAUUUUUGCUGAUCCUGUUACUAAGAACACCUUUGAUUUGGCUGCGAUUAAUACAAUAAUUAAAUUCGAAAGGCAUAAUGAAACUUUUAAGGUACCCAUCUGUUCAAAUGCCUUUACUUAUUGUACCUUAAACAAUGGUUUAAAUUGUACUACAUUGGAUACAGAUUUUCAAUUAGCAAGCUCUUCAAAUGGACCAUCAAUUUUGUAUUCUUUAUUCAACAGGUCGUGCACUGACAAUAUAGUAAACUUUGUAAAUAUUAGUGUAAGCUGUGAACCGACCUAUUCCAUCAAUAAGUUUGAAGUUGGAGAAAUUACAAAUUGUACACAGUAUGCAGAUUUAAAGACUCAACAUGUUUGUAGUAAAGAUCUAAUAUUGAAGAGCAAUGAAAUUAUUAGCAGUAAACCUGAAAUUGUAAGUCAAACUGAAAAUCAAGAUUGUACAAUACCAGAACUGAAUCACUUCAGCUUGAACAGUCUAGGAAAUUUGAAAAUCUUUUCCAUGUCGAAUAAUUCAUUGUAUGUUUUUAAUUUUGAUCGAAAGGGAGAUUGCAAUGGAUUAGUUUGCAAAGACGGCUUAAGUAUGGGACCAGAAGUUCAUCUCUGCCCACUUACGAAAAUUGACGAUGUAGAGUCGUCAGUUCGAUUAAUCUACAGAAGUAGAAUGUGUCUUGAUGAUUUUUUCCGGUCAGAAAUUUUGUUGAAGUGUGAUGAAAAUUCUGUUCCCAGAAUAGUGAAGGAAACCGAUUGUUCAGUUGUUGUCCAUUAUCCAUUCAAAGAAGUGUGCACAUGGUUUCCACAAUCAGGACAGUUGGAGGUCUCAAGUGCAGAUUCUACAGGAGUAGCGGUUGGAUCUUCUGUUGGUGUAUUGGUACUUUUAGCACUUGUUGGCGGAGGUAUAAUAGUUUUUAAAAAAAGAGGUAUGCAACGAAACACUUCGUAUGAAACUAUUUCAAGUGAUAAGCGGCGACUGUAUGUCUAUUGUAAGGUAAAAAAACUAAAGUAAUAUUGCAUCUGGUUUUGGGCUGUGUUCCUGCUUGCUACGAUUUUGCAACCAUUCGCACGCUGGCACAGGUGAUGUUUUUGUAAACUAGCAGGGCAUGGUCCAUAUGGAUAACUUUCUGAGCAGUUUGUGACAAUUGUUAAUGGUCUGCUGGCUAGCUUGUAAAAUUCAUCAUUGCGUUCCUAAUAUUUGUCAUUUACUAAUAGACAUGCUCUUGCAGGUAGGUAUAUUGUAAAGAAUAAUAUACUACAAAAUCAAGUACGUUCACUUUUACAUGUGGUGUGUGUUAAUAAAGUUAAGUCUCAAUUAAUUAACGAAGAUUCAGUAUUCUUAGGAGGAACUGAACAAUAUAGUGUAGGAAUAUGCAGUAUUUACAUAAGUUAGGAAAUAUUGAAGGGACCAAGUACUUUAAUUUCUGAGUAGUGUCUCUUACGAGUUUUGUAUUACAUUUUUUCCGAAAUCGUUUUUUUCAACAUAGAAUUUUAAAUUUCAUUUAGAACUUUUAGUUGCUGUCAAAACUGACACACUAAUGUGAAUCCAUCUGAAAAUUGAAAUUUUAUAUUAAAAAAGCGGAUUUGCAGAAAAAUGUAAUACAUGUCAGUAAAAUGAUACUACUCGACUUGGAAAUUAAAGUACUUCACCCACACCCCAAAGGAGCCUCGUACUUCAGUAUUUUCCUUGCCAGUUAGCUGUCAUAUUCCUGACUUUUAUGCAAAUAACUAUUGAAGCUGUGCAAUCGGCUAUAGUUAUUUGUACAACUAGUUUUGAAAGAGAUACAUUUUCACCCUCAUUAAUCCUGAAAAAUCAUGCAAAAAAGACACUUACAACACGUGUUGUAAACGAAGUUUUUUUACAUAGUGAUUAACUAUCAUAAUUGAAUAAUAUCAUUGACAUUCAAGAUUUACUGUCACUCAAAAACUGAGCUAGUAUAGGCAGGACCUAGGGCAGGACUACAGUGACUUUAUAAGGACAGUGGCGACCAAGGUUGUUUUAUUAGGGAGGUUGUCUGGUAACUCUAAACCAAUAGAAUGCUUGCAUUUUGAAGGCGGGAAAACGUCA